AUGGUACAAGUAGGCAAUUGCAUCAAGUAUCAAGUAGGCAAUGCACACGUAGGAACUGUAUCUAACAAGCUUGCUUCUGCAUCCGCUGAGGAGAAGGGCUGGGAGUUCCUACCGGAGUUCACGCCCCUCCCCGACGAGCUCGUGAUCGAGAAGUGUGGGCACGGUGCCUUCCACCUGACUUCGCUGGAGCUCGGCUUACAUUCCAUGGGGGUGACUCACCUUGUGGUGAUGGGGGUGCCGACCGACGUCUGCGUCCACACCACCCUGCGCCAGGCAAACGAUCGUGGCUUCGAGUGUUUGCUACUCUCCGACUGCACGGGAACGACGGCAUCGGAUACCCAGCUUUCUGCUCUAAAGCAGGUGAAGAUGCAACACGGCGUCUUCGGGGCCGUGGCUACCAGUGACGCACUGCUGACGGCCGCCGGAGAGUGGGUCGACCUCGAGUUAGAGAGGGCUGGGAUCCCUUCCGAGGUGUGUGACGGGCUGCCGUCGAACUGGGGCAGAUCUUCGGACUUCGAGUCGGAGUUGGACGCCCAAGUGAUGUGGCCGCAUCCAACGUUGCACGACCAUCGUUCCCGGCCCUUCGUGCGCCCCAGGAGUGCGCCUGGCGAGGAGUCCGAGUCUGGUGGGAUUCUUAGGAGAGGUAGCCAUAUCUUCCCACCUCGCUACGGCGUUACGGCUCGAGCCAUAGUGCGGACAAGCGAAACCAUACCGCAAACGACCGCAACCAUGUUCCUUGUACAGCUGCUGCUCUUGGCCACGAUUGGAGCUGGGCAGCAAGACCAAGCCGAUGAAUGCGCAGAAACGCUCCUCGUCCAGUUGUCGCUGAGCACGCAGCCCAGGGAGCCCCCGGCAGCCUCCAAGGAGCGCGACUUGGUGUUCACACACGUGCCAUACAACUUCGGCCACACGAUUGAGCAGAUAGCCUUCGCAGGCAGCGGGAACAUGGAGCUCUACGCCUCCGCGCAGGUCAUCGUCGAUGGCUCGCCGCUGCCGGUGGAGACGAAAUUCGGCAUGCUCCAGGCUUCGAUGCAGCCACAGGGAGAAAUCUGGGGACAUAUGAACCCAGCGCUACACGGCAUUUCCAACGUAACAGGUUGUCCUCUCUACUACACGCCUCCAAAGCAUUGGCCAAAGGAUCUUGCCGAUUGGUACUUUGCCGGGAAACAGACUUUCGGUGUGCUCCGAGAUCCUUACGAGCGUCUGGUGGCGCAGUUUCGAGGAAAUAUUCCUGGAUAUGGCGGAGCGUUUCCAAACCAUGAUGCUUGCAAUGUGGAUGCGGCUGUCAGGAAGAUACUGCAACGGUACCUGGAUGGUGAUGUAUAUGCCGAGGACUGCACCUACGUUCCGCAGGCAGAAUACUUUGACCCUCCCCACGGCAUAACGGUGCCUGUGGACAACCGUAUCUUUCCUACAUCUGCCAAUGAUGUGCUGGCAGAGCACGGGUACACAAACAUGCACAUUGCCACCGGUGACAUCAUGCAUGUUAGCGAAUGCUCGGAGGUGUGGGCCGGAGAUUUAAGCUGCGACACUAAGAAGCUCAUUCGAGAGGUAUAUGCACGCGAUUUCGAGCUCCUAUGCAAGCACUUUGGGUAUUGUGAUGCCGGUGAGAACGUUUGUUUGACAGAGGUUCCGGACAUGUGUCCGAGCAACAUGUCUCAGAAGAUAGCAAGCGCUACCUACUGUGCAUAG